ACAAACGCGCUGUCCACUCUGGAAAUACGCACGGAAGAGAGCACUCAAGGCUGAAAGAAAGUAUAAUUUGUUUAAAACAUUUUUUUUAUAUUAUAAUUCACACAAAACUGCAGUAACUUAACAUUCGGACAAACAGAAGUUUGCGGCUGUCAUCUGUCUAAGGAGAAGCAUCACCCUGAGGAAUUGAUGGAGAUUUUGCGAAUUGAAAAAAUCCCUGGACGACAAAUGCAUUUGCUUUGCAGUGGAUUAUACUCCUUUUACAGAUAGCCUAAAAGUUACAGCUGGAACAAAAGAUUUUAUUGUAUUUUGUACCUUUUUAUAAAGUAAACAAUGCACUGAUCUGAAGCAUGUAACAUCAGUACAUUUUUCUUUUACAAUUAAAAAGCCCAAGAACCCAGUCAGACCAAAUGUUUUUGACAAGAAGAGUUUUUUGUUGUUGUUGAAGCUAUGCAUCUACUUUAAAGUGGAUCUUAUGGCGUGAAGCAAAAGAGGACAUAACAUUUCGUUUCCAGGUGAUUUUAUAUUAAGCCAUCAGCACCACAGACUGGAUGUAAAGAUGAAGAGUAUCGGUUUUGCUCUGCUAGGGUUCUUAUGGAGCUCUUAUUUGGCAGGUAGCAAUUCUGUAUUGGAUGUCUCUGAGCUUCAGCCAAACUUCAUGCAUCGGAGGUUACGGACACAGGAGAAAAGAGAGAUGCAGAAAGAGAUUCUCUCCAUACUUGGACUGAACCACAGACCCAGACCGCAUCUGAACAGCGUUAAACAUAAUUCAGCACCCCUCUUCAUGCUGGAUUUGUACAACACCAUAUCCACUGAAGAGAAGAGCGACGUGGAGGAGUACAGAUCACUGUUCACCACCACGCGACCAGCUUUAGCUUCAGCGCACGACACGGAGUUCCUGCAUGACGCGGACAUGGUCAUGAGUUUUGUCAAUUUAGUGGAGUAUGACAGGGAGUUAUCGCCGCAGAGAAGACAUCAUAAAGAGUUUAAAUUCAACCUGUCCCAGCUGCCAGAGGGUGAAGCCAUCACUGCUGCAGAAUUCAGGAUCUACAAGGAAUGUGUUACCAGAGCUUUCCGCAAUGAGACGUUCCUGCUUAGAGUGUUUCAAGUGGUUGGAAUACACCAAGACAGGGAUGCCGAUCUGUUUCUGCUGGAAUCUCGCAGGUUAUGGGCGGCAGAAGAAGGUUGGCUGGAGUUUGACAUCACAGCAACUAGUAAUCUCUGGGUGAUGAACCCAUAUCAUAAUCUGGGUCUACAGAUCAGUUUGGAGACUAGCAACGGAUGGAACAUCAGUCCCAAAGAAGCAGGGUUAGUAGGUCGUGAUGGAGCUCUAGAUAGGCAGCCCUUCAUGGUGGCCUUUUUCAAAGUGAGCGAAAUGCGUAUCCGAUCCACCAGAUCCACAGGCAAACGGCGUCAACAGAACCGCAAUCGAUACAACAGCCCACAUGAGAUGUCAAAAGGAACUGCUCAAACAGAUUAUAACAGCAGCGAUCAGAAGACUGCCUGCAGAAAGCAUGAACUAUACGUUAGCUUCAGAGAACUGGGCUGGCAGGAUUGGAUUAUUGCUCCUGAGGGCUACGCAGCAAACUACUGUGAUGGAGAAUGCUCUUUUCCCCUAAAUGCCCAUAUGAAUGCUACUAAUCAUGCUAUAGUACAGACACUGGUGCACCUGAUGAAUCCCGCGAAUGUCCCGAAGCCGUGCUGCGCUCCUAAAAAACUGCAUGCAAUCUCUGUGCUCUACUAUGAUGACAACUCCAAUGUCAUUCUUAAAAAAUACAAGAACAUGGUGGUGCGUACAUGCGGAUGUCACUGACACAGGAGUCAUGAACUCUCCUGCCUAACCGCUGCACAGAGACUGGCACUGCAUCCGAAUAUGUCUACUUCCGUCUAUCCCUACUAACAAAAAUCCAAGUAUGCAAAUGAGGACUACAAUCCUCAGCAUUCAAAAAAUCUGUGAGAAAUACCAAAGAUGGUUCAAUUUUUCCUCCAAGAUUCUGAAGUAUGCAUUGGAUGGACACUCUUCUAACCCAUGAGGCCAUUGAAACUGAGGAGUCACAAAAGAAAAAAAUUAAGCAAAGCUGUCCACAACUCUUUUGAAGUGCAGUAUGCAUACUGCACCCUUGCAUACUAUUUAGAACAUAUAUACAUGGUGGUCAACAAGUAUUUCAUCUAAUGGAAUUUAUACAGUCAAAGAACAUGACAUUAGACACAGGGACAAAGAAAUUUUUAAUAUAUGUUCAUAAGAAAAGAUCAUGUGUGAAUCAAACAAAUGUGCUGCUUCUCCCUCUUUUGUUUUCACACAUACAGUAUAUGGCCAGUUCACAUAUGAACACACUAGAGACUGCCAAACCGACAUACCGAAUCUAUGAACAGGAAAUUUACCUGAUGCCCUCUAAAACCCCCCAAAACUGCUAACUAUAAGUGCAGUUUGUGUUUAACUGUAACAUUUUAAAGGGGUCAAAUGACACGGCUAAAACAAAUAUUAUGGUUUGUUUUAGAUGUCAUGCAAUGUGUAUACACGAUUUAAGUUUAAAAAACGCUGUAUUUUCCAAAUACCGUGCAUGUGUGUAUCUCUUCUUUGCCCCGCCUCUCCCAAAUGUGCAGAUUAUUUACAACGCUCAUCGCUAUGAAAAGCAAGGUGUGCUAUGAUUGGCAAGUUAACCAAUGCGUAGUGAUUGGUCGAAUACUGCAAGCUUGUGACGGAAAUGUAAAACCUCUUUCUAUAUUUGCAAAGCAAUCGUACUUACAGGUACGCCCACCUUACUUGUGUAUACAUUUGCGCAGUCUUAGUCAAAUCAUACCACGAACUGACGUAGAUUUGUGGGGGUGUGUUUACACAAGGUGUUUCAGGCAGGUCUGGGUGAGCAUUCACUUUUUGAUAGAAUGCAUCUAUUGUUCCGACACAUUCAUUUUUGCGAUUUUAUGGGUCUUGUAAAUGUGUGUGCAAUUUAUAGCAUACCAAAAACACAGAAAAGCAUAUGUUCACGCCAUAAGACCCCUUUAAACAGUCAACCGGAAGACUAUAAAUAUUUUUCCCUGUUUUGUGGAUUUCCACGGAUCGCUAAACUCACUUGAAUCCAAAGGACUGUUUUGGGGUUUCAAGAAAAAAAAAAUAUAUAUUUUAGGUUUUCCAAUAUUUGCUCUACACUACCUGUGGUUUACAUAGGCGAGUCAGAAUGAGUGGUUGUUCACUUUAACGCAACCCAAAGAAUGAAAGCAUUAUGCUGCCGCUCUGAGGAUGGAACUGUUUUAUGAUGCUGUCCGACGCCACAGAUCUUUAAUUUCCCUGCAGCACACCUGCACCUCUCAUGACAUACAGGACAAGUGAGAGCUACGGAAAUCGAAAAAAACGUAUCCUGAACCAGCAUACCCACACAGGUCUAUAUUUAUUGUUUGUGACUUUGUCAGACUUUUACUAUGCAACUGGACAUUUCUGACUUUUAUUCCCUGUGAGGAUUUUUAAAGGUACAAGGCUCUUUCUGAAGGAGCUCUAGAUGUGUAUUUUAAUUGUAGAAAAUAUAUAUUUUACCCUGGUUUAUAGUCAGAAUCAUAUAUAGGGUUGGGAAACAAGAACCUGUUCUGAAAAAAAUACUUUUAUGCUAUUUGGUUGUAUGGUUAUUUGUGUAUUCUUUGGCCAAAGUAAAUUGCCAAAUGAAACGCAGUUAUGUAAGCAACAGAAGCGCAUUGUCACAACGAAAAGCUUGUAUAUAUUUUUCUAUUGCCUGUCCAUCAGUAGAUAACAUUCCUGCUAACAAUCUUGCAGUGUGAACGAUGAAAUUGAUGAUAGGCCUCAGAGGAGAAUUUGGAUGAGCAAGAAUAACAAGCUGGUCCCAACUAUUCCUACCCUUAAUGAUAUUCUCAAUGAUAUUACAUACCUCUGGUAAACUGCUGUUUACAUGUCUCUAUCAUGUUUAGACAUAUGUAUGUAAAUACUUUUGUAAAUUGUACGGCCUAUUUAUUGUAUCUUCUCUAUAUACCACAGAAAAAUAUAACAAGAGUAAUGAAAACAAAACUAAACAGCUAUUUUUGAAAAAUGACAUUUUAUUAUUCAAUUUGUUACAAUGUGCCUUUUUGUACAAAACCCCCCAGCAAUGUGUGUUCCCCCUCUUCAUACGCAACAAAAAUACUUCGAUUUCUCACUGAGGUCUCCUUUGACCAUGUGCCUCCCAUAAAGAUUUAACUGUA